AUGUUGAUAUCACUGGCUAGAUUUUGGCUACGCAGGGAGAUUCUGUCAGACUCACGAUCUCGUGUUGGUAUUCCUGACCACAUCUUGGCUUUCAUCCUGCCGUACUCAUCCAACACCUCGGUGCAUGGAACAAAAGGCUCGAGCUCGCGAGCUAGCAAGGGCCGAAGCAAGAGCAACCCGUCGGGUUCUACUACAGACAAUAAGCCUAGCUCCAGCGACAAGUCGCAGCAGGAUGAGCUUUUGCUGGGAGUUGGAGGACAGUUCUCGGGCAACGAUUACAACUCUAAUGGCUCAAAGGGAUGGGGAGGGCAGAAGUAG